UGCUCACGGGGGCAAGAAGCGUGUAAGUCAGUAUCGGUGUCAUUAACGUGAGCCCUGCUGUGUGUGUGAUUAGGUGUCUGCUGUUCUAAUAAAGGAAAGCGCUGCGUCUGUCGCUGCCUCAUAUCACUACCAGGAGUCUCUGUACAGACAUCUUUCUGUUGACUGUCUUACAGGACAGGUGGAGGGAUCACCGCCUCUGGAUCAACUGGACAAGAUUGGAUCUGAACAAGUGUCAAUCUCAAGUGUGUGCACUGAACUGGUGUGUGUAUGAGUGUGUUAGAAUGCAUAUGUAAGAAAGUGUGUGCGCUCUUGACGUGUGUGUUUAGCUGAGAGUGUGCGGGUGGAAAUGCUGAAGCGACCAUCGGGGUUAUUUUUGGGUCAGUGACAGCGUGUCAAUGGCUGCAGAUGCGUCGCAAAGGAAGGCUCUGAGAUACCAGCAGACUCUGCUCUACGGGGAGUACAGGGAGCAGCUGGGUAGCUUUGCCAGGCGGGAAGCCACACGGCUGCUGACAGAGAGACAAUGGAGGAGACAGACAGGAGAAAACACCAUGGUCAACGCCAGACGGGGGCGUGGCCAACAACAUCACCACUCCGUCAACAUGGAGUCAUAUCUCAGCCACACCUCCUCCACAAAGAAGCCACGCCCCUACUCCAAAUACCAAGACUGUGUGGCUCGUAUACAGCGGUACAUCGUGACCAAGCUGGGGGAGGACUGGAUCUUCCUGGUGCUGCUGGGCCUCACCAUGGCCCUGGUCAGCUGGAGCAUGGACUACACCAGUGCCAAGAGCUUACAAGCGUAUAAGUGGAUGCACGGGGAGCUGAGGGGGAAUGUCCUGAUCCAGUACCUGGCCUGGGUUGUCUACCCCAUGGUCCUCGUUAUGUUCGCCUCCCUCUUCUGCAACAUAGUCGCCCCUCAGGCCAUAGGUUCUGGUAUUCCUGAGCUGAAGACCAUUCUGCGAGGGGUGGUGUUGAAGGAGUAUCUAACUCUUAAAGCCUUCGUUGCCAAAGUCAUCGGGCUGACCGCCGGCCUGGGCAGUGGCAUGCCCGUGGGGAAAGAGGGUCCCUUCGUCCACAUUGCCAGUAUCUGUGCUGCUGUGCUGAGUAAAAUCAUGUCCAUCUUCUCUGGAGUGUAUGAGAACCCCUAUGGUUACACAGACAUUCUGACAGUGGGCUGUGCCGUGGGGGUGGGCUGCUGUUUCGGCACUCCUCUAGGAGGUACUGUAUCACUCCCUAACCGCUACACUACGACCUCUCUACUAUAGAACUAUCACUCCUUCACUACACCUCUUUCUAUACUACUAUCACUCCUUCACUACACCUCUUUCUAUACUACUAUCACUCCUUCACUACACCUCUUUCUAUACUACUAUCACUCCUUCACUACACCUCUUUCUAUAAUACUAUCACUCCU